GUAAGACGUCAUUGCAGCUGCAUGGUACAUAUGAUUAGAGGUUGUUUGCUUCUGCUUUAUUCAGUUGAAGGAAUGAUCUUUCCAUCUCUCCACUGUUAUUCCUAGAACCAUUUGUAGGUUUUUUUUCUUUUUUAUGUAGAAGUAUGUGUGCUUACUAUUAUGGAUUAUAAUAUUUUAAUUAAUAAUGGUCAUGAUGGACUAGUCUACGCUGAAACAUUUAACAAAUGAUCUUUUGCAACUGUAUUAGUCACUAAAUUUCUCUUCUUCUCCAACGAUAUUGUUUUUUCCACACUCAAAUAGAGAACAGCUAUGAAACAUGUGGACCUAGGAGGGAUAUAACAAAUAUACCAGAGUUAAUUAUUGUACACACAAAAGGAAUGCUACAGAAGAUAGUAUUAAAUGAGGAAAAAAAACCAAAAAACAUGUUGGAGGCAUUUCUGAAUGACGAUGUGGAUCCUGCAUCACAACUUGUUGCGAGGUACAAUGGUUCCGAAGAAAGUUCAGAGAUCAUCAAGUGGAUCUCUCAAAUAAUUGAAGAUGGUGACUCUAGGGAGCUCCCCUUUUUUAGAGCAAAAACUCCUGCACUUGUUCCCGAAGAUGCAGAUCCUAUUUGGUCAGUAGGUGCCAAAACCAUUCUAUCCAAAGGGACAGGAAUGAAACAGAGAAUUGGUAGCAUCAUGAUCAAGGAGAAAAUCAAUGCUGGCAUAAUCUGUAUGACCUACCUUCCAACAGGUGAACAAUUAGCUGAUGUGCUAACGAAGGGACUACACAAGAAGCAAUUUGAUAAGCUGACUAGCAAGCUGGCUAUGGAAGAUAUCUUCAAACCAGCUUGA